AUGGUCACCUCCCUCGUACAAGAAAUGGUCACCCCUGGAAGUAGCCGCGACCAAGAGGUAACGCACGAGGGAUUCCGCGAUUUGGAAAAAACCCGUAGCAGUCCAACAAUUCCGCAGGUUCUAGAGUUAUAUGUAGCAAUCCAAGCAAAAGAUAUCGAUGAAGUAAUCGACAUUCUACCUCACAUUUUCGUAGUCAUUGCAAGUCUCAUUAAAUUCGGAAAUAUUUAUCUGAAGAAGGACCGCUUUAAAAUACUAUUAGAUUUGAUCGUAAAAGACUGGGAAACGUUGACAAAUGAAUUGCACGUGUUGGAUAAGGUUACUGCAACGGGGGACAAACUUGCCUAUUUGUACAGAAUGACUUUGCUAUCAUUUUUAGUAGCUUUUAACUACAUUCCGUUAAUUCCUCCGACAUUGGACAUCAUUUUGCCGUUGAAUGAAACUCGUCCAAGGCAACAAUUGUUUCAAGUCAAUUACAUAUUCUUUGACGUUGAUGAUCACUUUUUCGCCAUUUAUCUUCAUAUGUCUUGGGCCGGGUCUCUGACUGUGUUCGUAAUCGUUACUAUAGAUUCCUUGUAUAUGCUCAUCAUUCAUCAUGCUAGCGGACUGUUUGACGUGUGUGGAUAUCAGGUUCAAAUGGCAUGUAAACAGAAAAAGAUGGAAGAUGAAAUGUUCAAGCAAUGCGUGAUUACUCAUCAUAAAGCUCUAGAGUUUUUGACUUCCUAGAAGAAUGUAGCCAGAUUAUGAAUUUAAUGCUGGUCGGAAUGAACAUGAUUGCCAUCAGUCUAACCGCGGUGCAGAUUAUUCUAUAUAUGGAUCAACCUAUGGAUGCAAUGAGAUUUGUUCUAUUUCUUAUCGCUGAGAAGUUUCAUUUAUUCAUUCUCAGCCU